UACAGUUUACAGUCUUUUUAUAAAUCAUUUGCAUUUUAUAAUCUACCUACGUAUACAUCAUCGAGAAAUUAAGAUCAAGAUUGAAGAAAUAUUUCAAUAAAAAGACAGUAUGAAUAAAUUAAUUUGGAGUUUCAUUAUUCUCGUCGCCAUAUAUCUACAAGAAAUUGGAGCGAUGUGUCCAUAUGAAUGUUCUUGUGAAAACGAGCCAACAAAUUGUCCAAUUGGAGUCAGAUUAACUAUGGAUGGAUGCAGCUGCUGCAAAAUUUGCACAAGACAACAAGGACAAACUUGCGAUAUUCAAAACAUAUGUGAUUCGGAAAUGGGCCUAGUUUGUGAUUUUGCGUCCAAUCAGGAACAAGGAAUUUGCAAAGUUCAAGUCGGCCAAAGCUGCUCAUAUAAUGGACGCACCUAUUUAAAUGGAGAAAUGUUUCAACCAACAUGCAAACACCAAUGCUGGUGUAUGGACGGAACUGUCGGAUGUCUGACAAUGUGCCCUCAUGAAACUAGAGUACCUCAAGCAAAAGAAUGUCCCAACGCACGACUUGAGGUCGCUGAUAAUGAGUGCUGCGAAAGAUGGAUGUGUGGAAAAAGUGACCACACUUGGGAGCUUCCCCUUGAUAAAUUUUGGGAUAAAUAUGUCGAUAAAAAUACAGACACGGAAGCAUCAGAAGCUGUUCUACCUGGUAACGAAUUGUUACCUUCUCCUACUGAUACAACUGAAAAGUCUACAGUUUCAAACAACCUGAGUGACACCGGGGACGAAUCCGAUUUGAAUCGCAACCCAUUCUACCAUAGUAAAUCUCAACCUUCCUCUUCUGACUAUUACAUGAAUGCAGCUGAUGAUAGUGGUGGUGAUGGAGACGAAAUCAUUGACUACCAGAUGGCGCAAGUACUUCUUCAAAAAGGAGGAGUGGGACUAAGAGAUUGGUUUGGUGAUGACAUUAUGGAAGACAAUAUGUAUGAAUACGACAACUGGGCAAUAUCAAAUGAUGUUGUUGGAGAUGUUGAUGCUCGCCGAAGAAAUACACAAUCAAAAGCAAAUUGUGCGGUUCAAACAACUAGUUGGAGUCCUUGCUCAAAGACUUGUGGUCUCGGAUUAGCUACGAGGGUGACAAACAACAACCGUGAAUGCAAACUGAGGAGAGAAUCUAGACUCUGUAACAUCCGGCCUUGUGAUAACACCGAUUACGUCAUUCCAAAGAGAGGCAAGCAUUGCACAAAACAGCGAAGGGAACAUAAGCGAACACAUUUCAAAUAUUCAAACUGCGUAAGCGUCCGUGCAUACAGACCGCGAUAUUGUGGUGGAUGUGAUGACGGGAGAUGUUGUACCCCUCUUGCGACAAGAACGGUACGAAUUCGAUUCAGAUGCGAAAAGGGUGAAUACUUUGUCAAAAGUAUGCUAAUGAUUCGCAGUUGCCGUUGUCAUUAUAACUGUUCAGCUUACACCGUUAACUCCUUUUUGGUGUCACGUGACCUUCACGACGAUAUGCAUGUUACCAAUGAACCAUAGAUGCCAGACGUACGACAGGAUAAAGUACAGAAGCAGACAAUCUCCGCUUUGGUUCAUCCGUCGGUGACGUUGCUGAGCGAAAAAUGCAACUAUGCGAUGCAAAAGAGCAAUUUUCAUCUAUACUGGGCAUUUUUCAGUUCUUAUUCAUACUCGAAUUCACGAUAAGCCUAUUCAUGAAACAAGUAAAAUAAUCUCAUAUGUUAAAAUGAUAUACAUUUUUGGUCAUGUCGACUUCACGGAUGAAUAUAUUUCCUAACCGUCGCCGAUAAAAUAGAACUUUUUUACAAAAUGAUAAACUGAAUUUAUUGUACAGAAUUUUACGCUGAUUAAAAUAUAUUUUGUUUAUGGUGUGUAAUUUGUUUACUGUUAAAUGAAUUAUAUUAAUUUCAUAUUUAUGUCACAUUUGUACGUAGAUAUCCUUUUCUCUCUUUUACUAUUUAAUUAUAC